AUGGCAGAGGAGGACACGGAAACUGAAAGUGUGCUUUCAUACGAGGAUGAAUGGUGGGAAAUGAAUUGCUCAAUUAUCCCGCCCGAGUUUAAUAGACUCAUGCUAGUCGGUGUGGUUGGCGCUGUGAUCGCGUUCAUCUCGGUCUGCUUCAACACGUUUCUUUUCGUCGUUCUCUUUCGAAAUCCACGUCAUCGACAUUCUCAUUUGAUCUACCUCAUGUUUCUAUCAGUAGCAGACAUUUUCUUGUCAGCUUCGUACAUUCUGUUAUUCCCUGUGAAUCUGUAUAUGGACUAUUUUGCAUCGGAAUGGUUGGCAGCCGCCUGGUGGUCUUAUAUGAGAAUUAUGAUCACCAUUUCUCAUGUCUUUAUCUCAACAUCGGCAUUUUUGAUUUGUGCGGCCGCGUUUGAAAGAUACAUAACCAUCUCAAAAAUUGCUUGCCAAUUCGCGAGACACCAUCGCCUCAUCAUAAUUGUCGCCUGUCUUUGUAUUGCCAUUGUGGCAAAGGGACCAAUGUAUUUUGAGGUUGAGGUUGUUCCCAACGCAAACUGCACCGGUGUUACUUCCCUGACAGCGAUUCCUUCAGAGUUUUCAGAGUCGGAGCCUUACAAGACUGCGUACAAGUUCUGGUUCCGCAACUUGCUCACAGUGGCUCUUCCCUUCAUCAUGUGCUUCUAUCUUAACUUCGCAAUAAUGCAUCGUCUCCGUAUCCAACACCUCGGCGCAAAACUCUUUCGGUUUGCCACAUCUGAACAUCGUCAAAACAUCCGUGCCGCCACAUUGAUGUUAGUCGCCGUCACAUGCUCCUAUCUGGCAUCCAACCUUCUCAACGUUGUGGUCUACACUUGGGAGCUGGUGGACAAGGAAUCGUUGUUGUCUGAAAAUAUCCGUCCGUUGUAUACAUUGUCUUCGGAUCUUGUAUCUCUGCUGACCGUCGUUGCAAGCGCCUGUCGGCUACCGAUUUAUUUGGUGUGCAAUGCGAGGAUUCGGUGUGAAGUGCUGGAUUACGUGGAUAAUUGUGUGCUGACGCAUCUGAAUAUCAAACCAUAUACGGGUCUCGGAAGUAAACGAUGUCGAGCGACUACAGUACGCUACUGUGACACCGGUAGCGGCUACAUGAUAUAUGAUAUUCAGACAAAACCAGACGAAGUGAUACCGAGUCCAGUGGCGCCGAACAAAAAAGGUGAACGACGUGUGAGAUCAGUUGGCACCGGCUUGGAUCGAGUGGUGUUAUCGGUGGCGAUGGGAAGUAUCAAGGCGUCACAGAGUAGUGCACAUUUGACAGUUCCACUUAACAAUAGUGUUAUGUUGAUUCAGGAAGAAUAA